AUGGGCUGCGUUGGAGAAGUGCAAUUCCGGGUAUCCGCUGCAGGCCCUGGAGGCUUUGGGCCACCGUCGAUGUCAUCGGUCCCUGUCACAGUUCCUAUGGAAAUGUCGGAAAGGGGCACUACCGGUCUUCCGCUAUCCCCAGGACGGCCGACAGUUGUUUCUGUCGACGGUCAUCGCGCAACAAUAGAGUGGUCCCCUCCUACAAUCGAUCCGAAGACAGCUCCUUUAGCUGGUUACCAAGUAGAGUAUCGUGUGUACGGUACUGUUGAUUGGAUGGUCGCGAACGAUACGUUGGUUCGCGAAUGCAGUUACACUGGUAUGUUGCGAUUUUAGGU